CCAAAAGGGCGCUUUUAGCAGUCGAAUUUUGACGUAGUCUCUUAUUCCAUUACAUGAGCAAUGCUCGCAAUUGCAUAGGAAAUGCAGUGUUUUCAUUUAAAAAAUAAAGUUUUGAACGAUAUAGCGAAGUGUUUGUGCGUGAAAUGGAAGGAGAUAAUACGAUGCCAAUAUUUGUGAAAAAAAAAAACUGUUGGAUCGCAUAAAAGCUGCUGCCACGGAUUGUGCAAAAGCGGCAGUCGCAGUAAAGCUUCGUGCAUCGAAUUGCGUAAUUUUUAUUUUAUUUCUUUCCCUAAAUCAUGUCUACAAUUUAGAAAGGGUGAAAUUAAUAAUACGAGUAUAAAGUUUCACUUACAAAUGUGUGAAGCAUGCAGGAAAUGCAACAAAUGGGUGAAGUUGUGUGGACGUAAAGAUUCCAAGUUUAAGUCAAUCAGGAACGUCACCAAGGAUACAUAUAUUUGUUCUUUACACUUCUUUGGAGACUCUGGAUCUACAGAAGAGUAUCCAGACCCAAUAGAAUGUCGGCCGAAAACGAUAAAAGAGAAAACACAAAAGUCUAGAAGGAGCUUGGAGCAAAAGUAUCAACGAUUCUCAUUGAAGUCUGAGGAAUCUACUUCUACUAUAGGGAGCAGUUGCUUUACUGGAAAAGAGAAGAGCCGAGAAACGAAUUCAACUGAUGUCGAAUUCGAAGAAGUCAAAGCAUUCCGUGAUCCUGAGCCAAAUUUUUCUACUGAGAUGCAAAGCAUGGACAUGGAAUCUAAAAGUAAUGACAGGGGACAGGCUUUUUCUUCUACAGAAACACAGACAAAUUUUGAGACUCUUCAUGAACUUGAAGGGAUGGAAUCUACAACCGAUGGUAAGAUAAUCAUUUCCGUCUCUGUAGGAGCGCAAACAGAUUUUGAGGAUUUUGACGAAUCUAAGGUGGUGGAAUCUCAAAGUACCAUGAAAGUAUCUAAAGUUAGAUCUACAGGCAUUAAGACAUCAAAGCGAUUCGAAGAUUCUUUAAGAAACGAUAAUGAUAAAUGUAUUUUUUACACAGGUUUACAUUUUAAGUACAUCACGGUUAUAAUGUCGUUCAUCGGCGAUGUCGCGAAUAGUUUAAAUUACUGGGGUUCGAGUCGUAAAAGUAAUUUUUCGACAAGAUUAAGGCCAAAAAUGUUUGCCAGUCGCCGGCAAGUAGCAAAAUAUUUACCGAAAAUAUUUCGAAACUUUAAAAACCUUCGAGUUAUUUUAGACUGUACUGAAUUCUUUUGCGAGGCACCCGCGAAUUUUGAGCAUCAAGGAAAUUUGUAUUCACAGUAUAAAGGUCCAUACGACAUUUAAAGUUUUACUUGGCUGUACUCCGAACGGUGCCAUAAGCUUUAUUUCUGACGUUUAUGAGAGGGCAAUUUCAGAUCGCGAAAUCGUCAUUAAAUCUAAACUAGUAGAUCUUUUACAACCUGGCGACGUUGUUCUUGCAGAUAGAGGCUUUACUAUCGAAGACCUUGUCGAAAGUGUAGGCGCUUCUCUGAACAUACCACCAUUCCUUAAACAAAGAAAUCGUUUUACAGCACAAGAGGAAAUCGCAACGAAGAAAGUUGCUAAAGAACGCAUUUACGUUGA